GCAAGAAGUGCGGAUCCAGGCACUCCGAUCCCGGGCCCAAGACCUUUUGGCUUCAAGGCAAACAAAGUGAUUCGCAGAUAUUCCUGGAGGCCCUGUGAUUCAGAUGGCUUUGACAUUGAAGUACAGGAAUGGCUUCAUUGAUGCAGAGGCUGAGAUGCCCCAGCCGCUCCAGAGCGACCUGCCACGUGCCAGCAGUUUGCCACCCAAGAUGUCAAAGAUGGUCCAGGUUGAGGAGUUCUUGCAAGAAGAGGAGAGCUCGCAGACCUAUGUACAGAUGCUCUCCGAGAACCUCUCCAACCCUCUCGAUCGCAGCCCGCUCGCCCCUGGACGAACCCGAACCGGAGCUCACUCACCGAGCACAGAGAUGGUGCGCCUCAGUGGGAGCAUUGGACACCCGGAGCUUUGCCGAAGGCCCUGUAUCUUCUGGAUGGCAGGACACUGCCAGAACAGUGCUGGUUGUUCUUUCUGCCACCUGACGCACGAGAAGAAGGUCGCCAAGCCGGACAAGAAGCAGAGAAGCUUCCUGCAGUCCUUAUCCCACCGGGAAUUCUUCGGCCUGAUCUCUCACUUUUGCCAUGAAAAAGCAACGCUUCUCAACAUCACCCAAGAAGCUGGCGAAGUCUUGAAGAUUUUGCAAGAGGAGGCCGUCUUUUCUUUGUGCCCCAUGAACGUUCCUGGACACCUUCUCAAAGUCUUGGCCCAGAUGACUUUCUCGCAUUUGAUCACCCUGGCAAUCAACAGCCUUGCCCGUGAGGAGGGCCACAGCAUGGUGACAGCGUCCAGGGUGAGUGAGGAAUUCGUGGCCUGGUGGGACGUGGUGGCUUCUUUUUCCCAGGAGAAAGGUAAAUGAUGUUCUCAGGAAACUGAGAUCAACUGAGUUGGUGACUUAGUUCUACACAAGCAUGUGGCACGGUUCUACUCAGAGACAGAUUUGGAUGGUUUUGUUCAUAGCUUGAAAGGUACCAAGCGUAUUGCAGAUGCUGCUAAUAGAUGCUGUUAGAUGACCAGCAAAAUGAGUCCCCUCGCCCAACGCGACCGGCCCAGGAUGAGUUGCGGGCAUGCAUGCGAACGCGAGAUGGUUUCUGAGACACGUGAUCUAUCAGGAUCCACCGACUCUGAGGAGUGCGCACCUUUUUCCAAGGUCAAAAAGGAUUGCCCCAAAGGGGCUGCUGCUGAUUCUUGUUGACACGCUGGUCCCUAACAACCAGUGGAAGGCUUCAGCAAAGACUCUUUUUCGGACAUCUGGAAGAUCGCGUUUCCCGCGUAAGGUAAUACGGGCACAUGAGUGGGCACAUGUUACUUCCUGGCGAACAC